UAUCUAUCUCUAGAUAGAUCCAAUCCUCUGAACCGAUUCGAUACACUCACACAAGAUAUAAACAGUUAAUUAUUAUCUGAUUUGGGGUCUUGCAUGCAGUCAGUGGCGUCGCUAGGCAUGAGCCUGGGGAGGCUCUGGCCCCCAAUAUAGCUGUGGUCCACAACAGAAAAGGUCUCAAUCAAAAAUAGUUAAAAUUUAAUAUAGCUGAUUCGAUCGGAUUGUUCAUUUGGUCGAUGUCCGCAACACGAUCGACGAUCACACCUGCUCUCUGUGCUGAAUGGAAUGCGAUAAUUGAUGAAGUCAUAACCUCGUGCAAUCAGUGGGCCAAUGAGCAAUGAUUAUACGUCCAUGUGCUCAGUUUUCGCUUAGUACCAAGUCUUACAACUUGGAGAUCAAUGGCAGAGAAGACGAAGACAAGAACCACACGACCCACACGAAUUAAACAAGGGGUCAAUCAACAAGAUGACUAUAUUUACGACAGUGCUGAACAGAGUGGUUCGAAUUGCUUGACGACUGUCAAUAUAAAGUUCGAUGCAGACAACGUGAAAAGGGUGGUCACGGAGCCGUGGAGGCUGACAGAUAAGCAUGGAAACAUGGUUGCAUUCGACGAAGUUCGUCCACAAUGCAGGCUUUUCUGCUUUUACUCUCCGGACAAGACAUCGUACGCUUGCCGUGUGACAUCAGUCGUUACAAAAGGCACACUGAAAGGUGCACAACAAGGAGGCUCCAAACGGAAACUAGAAUAUGAUGAAACAGAGUCUCUUGUCAGAGAAGUCAAGAAAUGUAGAAAUGCUUCUCAAGCAAAGAAGGCAUCAUCAUCAUUACAACGAAGCAUGUCAAUAUCAGAUGAUAUAUCUUCUGACACAGACGAAUUAAACGUUGACUCAGAUGGAGGCAAUUGUGGGAAGUUAUUGUCAAUUCAGAAACCAGAGAAGUGUGUUGUAUCACCUAGUGGCAAGGAUCUUUUUCAAAAAGACAUACAAUGCAUAAAAUAAGUAUUUGCAGUAACUUUAGCUUUAAGUGAAGUUGUACAAUAACGUGUUUGAUAUUGCUCAUGCAUUGAGCAAUUGAAGAAAGAGUAUUUAAGUAUGCAUGUUGUUCCCGCUUUCGACUGUUUCUUGUGAGCAUGAAUAUAAAGUCAUACGCCUAUACAAGUAGAUUAUAGUAAACAUGCUAGCUAUCUAUCUGGAGGUAUGCAUGCACUCUAAGUACAUGCCAGUUUGGCUAAUCACAGACCCUACAGCAGAGAAGCUUUGAAUUCUCCGCAGACCUAAUAUCUUUAGAUAUGAGACUAGUAGUCAUAUAACGCCCCAUCUAAAGUUGCUCAUCAACUAUGUUUAACUUAACAAUGUCUGGCUCUGUAUUAAUUGAUAGAGCAGUUUACAACAAGUUCAAAACACUCUCCUGCUGGUGAAUGCUGCUCAGGCAGAGUUGAAAUCAACUGUUGACUCAUUGACUUCUCAGUCGGAUACCAGCACAGUUAUGAUAGAGGAUAUACACAAAAUAUUGCUUAAGUACAAGCAGAUGAAGGUUCCUGUCAAAGUUGAGAAGACUGAUCUUCCACCUCACCAAGCUCAACAUACUCAAACAAGGAGCACAUCAUCAGUGGAAGAGCUUGACAGGUCUGUUGUUAUGUUGGAAUCACCGGCUGCUCCAUUUCCUAUACAAGAUGCUUCAUCAAGUGAAGUUGCGUUUGUUGGAGACAGAAGACUGAAUGUGAUGGUUCCUUUUCUGUGCUUAAACAAAGCUGAGGCUGCUCUUAACAGAACAGAGUUAGCAAGGAACCUGCUAGACACUCUGUUUUCUAAGAAAGAGCAGGCUUCCAGCAGCAUAACAGGGAAAGGACAAGAAAAGCGACAGCUGGAUGUGAAGAAAAUGGAAGCUUUAAGAAGUCACUGUAUGCUGAGAUUUCCUUUGGGUCCAGAUGAAAACCUAAAGGUCGUUUUGAACAAGGUGAACAAAGUGCUUGGAGACAAGUGCCGAUUUCAGUCUAAGAAGUGACUGGUGUAGUUUAUGUGAGACUUGUUGCAGUGUAGUACUGUAUAGUAGAGAUCGAUAUUCUGAAUUGAUGUGGCAUUGAUAUA